AUGGACACCUCAGCGGCAGUCCUUGGAAUGACUGACGGUGCAAUUCCAUCAGUCAUGCAAUCAAGAAUCAAUGAUGCUUGGCAUGAUGUUCCAUCGAGCUGGCCGACAUCAGAUGGACCACCUCAUGAACAAGAUCCAAAUGAAAAUCCAUUCUUCUUGCAUGAGGCUCCCGACACCAUCCAAGACCUCUACAAUGAGUUCCUCAACAAUGGCCUAGUGGAUGGGCCCAGUCUUGCAGAUGCCAUACAUUUGCGAUCUUGGUAUAUUCACCAUGUGCAUCAUAGUCAAUGUCUAACUUCAAGGAUUCUUGAACUGGACGGUCACUGGAGCAAUUGGGCGAGAGAUUUGGCUGCCGGUUGGGCAGACCUUGUCAGACCGGAUGAAGGCCUUGCUUUCUUCGUUUGUCAUCCUGAUCCUCCACGCGCCAACGGUCAUUAUGAGCUUUAUUUUGAUCUGAUUUUGGUACAGGGCAUGGAUUUCCCAGCUUGGGCUGGUUUGAUCACUGUUCUUCGGGCAGAGGACCUCAUGGACAGGGCUGAUUUUGCACUUGCAGCCUCUUUGCCCAGAUAUGUCAGUGGACAACACCUUGCUGCACAAGCCAAUCAGAUUCAACAAUGCCAUUUGCGCGGUUGCAGGAUCAGCUAUGGACGCCAAUUGAUUCCCUUCAACUUUGACCCGGUCCACGAGAUGACAAAUGGAGAUUCUUUUCUCAUCAAGGCCGAGCGGAGCCGUCCAAUUGGGUCUAUGCAAAAUGAUGGACAGCAGGCAGACAAUCAAUUGGAUUAUGAGGAUGAAGCACAAGAACAUGACCUUCAACAUGACAGAACUUCAGACAGCAGGUCCCAGUCUUCUGCUGGCACCUGGUCUCAAGCGGUGCACAUUUAUCGUCUUGGGCAUCUUGCGAUUUUUGGUCACCUCGACUGGAGCUCCUACCACACUGCCCUUCGUGAUGCGGUGCAGAUUUCACGCAUUCCCAGAAAUUCCUGCGUCGGUUUUCAGUAUGUGCAAGUGCGGCUGCCCGGUCAGCAAGAUGGGGAAGAAGCCAUUAUUUUGCAACACAUUGAUGACAUUGCGACAGGAUCCCUGGAAAAGUUGGUGAUCAUUGACAUUGUCUUCCACACCAACACUUUGUCGCGUGGAGUCCCUGACAGAGCCAACACAGUUAGGGAAGUUUACAAAGUGCAACAUCUCAUGGCUCGCAGUCACCUUUUGGCGUUGACGCAUGUGGAUGCUUAUUGCACUUGGAGACAGGACCAAUGCAUAGUUCGUUUCAAUGAUCAACUUUGGGCACCGGGUGAUCCUCGACUGUUGCCAAUUGACCAUGGAGCCUUUUUUCAGAUUCAACUGCCACCGCCCCCAAACCCGGAUUGGGAUAUCGGCUUGGCUGUCAGAACGAUUCAGGAAACUGGCGAUAUCCUUGACUUCCCGGAAGCUGGUCAGCUUGCCACUGCCAUCUUGGAUGGGAGCAUUAAUGGCAACCGUAGAGCUUUUGGUGACGGUUCUGUUGAUGGAGCAAGACUUGUCACUUGCAAGUGCAAUGAGGAUGAUGCAGAUAUUCCUGAGGACAUUGACAUUCCCAUGAUGCUCCCACCAGGAACGAGCCUGCGUGGGCCUCGCCCAUCUCAUGAUGGUGCUUUUGACUGGCUUGAAGAUUUGGUUGCAGUUUUUCGACAGGAGGCAGAAGCGGAAACGAUUGAAGGAAGUCCUCUUCUUUAUGUGCAAACAUGGUACAUCCACCACCGUCGCCACAAACGCUGCCAAUAUCCUCGCUCAGUGAGAUUGGAUGGCGCCAUCAUUGGAUGGAUUGAAGAGCUGCGACAUGCUUGGAGUGAUGUUAUGGACAGAGGUCCUGAUCGUGAUGCCAUCAUGCAAGCGGCUGCUUCUUUCCCUGACUUAGUGAACAAGCCAGCUGUCAUUGAAGCAGUGCAGCUGCAACCACAAUGUGAUCUCCGUAGAUGCUCGGUGACUGCUGGUGGGCUGCCUGUUCAUCUGAUCUUGCAAUCAGAGCUUCACAAUGGUUUCAACGUUUGCAUCAGAGUGGCCUCUGCCCUGGGGCUGGAGCAACGACCACAUCAACCCGGGUCUGCACCCGAUCAUUUUGAUCACUUUGAUGAUGUUGUCUUUAUGCAAAGAAGCCGGAGCACUCCAGUGAUUGCGAGCUCUCCGAUUGCACCAGGGACCAAUUGCCCGGAGCCCUUUGUUUUCAACCCGAAUGCCCACGCGGCUGGUCACAUCAUUGUUAUUCAGCAUGCAGAUGAAGCACUUGUCACGAGCCUGGUCUCAGUCAUUGACAGGACGUUGCGUGGGCAAAAUGGAAGAGUUCAACGAAUGGCAAUCACCACUCCGGAGCACAUCCUUCUUGACACCCUUUUGGACGUGACGGGAUAUGCACAGGCAUGUAUACCUGACAACUCUCCCAGAGUCUGCAGAGCUUGGUAUUUUGAUGAAAGACUUCGACUGCAUCGCCCACUACCGGGUCGCAGUGGAUAUGGCAUCACCAUCAAUAUCCACUUGCGGACCAGGCCAGGCCCAGAGGCUACCAAUCUCCUGCAAGUUUCUGCAGUUACUUCAUCAGGGCCCGCUGAUGUCAUUGAGGGUGAGCGCCUAACACAGGGGCAGGUCCUGCAGCUGGAGUCACUUCUCCACGCAGAAGGACAUCCUGCUGCACAUCCUUUGAGACUGAUCAGAGGCCAUGAUGACAUUCCCCCUCUGCCGACCUUCAUUGAAGUUGGCAGGCCAAUUACGCCGGAAUCGGUUCAACAGGAACUGCAAUGCUAUGGUCAUGACUGUGCAAUUGAGCUUCUUGGAGAGGGAUCUUUGGCCAUGUGUUUUCCCAGGUCUUUGGCAAGAACUCAAGGGGAACACUCCCACUUUGUCUUCAUUGAAAUGCAAGACUUUGCGCCUUCGAUUGAUCCCGUUUUCCAUUUGCAUUCAGACUCCUCUCUGAAGAAGGAUGAUCACCUUGGUAUGAUGCGUUUUCUCUACCAGAUGGGGCAUGAGAAGGCUGUAAUUCUUGCAACUAUUCCGCAUUGCCACAACUUGACUGAAGUGCAGUUUACAGUCUCGAUUGGCACCAUGGAAAACAAAGCGCAGUUGCCACAACGCCCUUCUUCCUGGCCAUCUCGACAACCCACUGGGGCAGCUGGUAAGAUGUAUGAUCCUCCAGCGGCACAAGAGAGUCCGGAGUGUCUCUUGGAUUUGGGAGCGACCAGCGAGCAAUUGCUUUCAUUUUUUGAGCACUCCAACUUUUCUGAUCUUUGCACAAUCACAGAAGGCAUGGACUUACCAGCCACAACGGCGGAAGCCAUCACCUUGUUACAACCGUUGGAGCAUUAUGACCGGCUCAUCAUCUAUACUGAUGGCUCCUCACAUUCAGCCCAUUUGCGUUUGGCACCUGAGCUUGUGGAAGAGCACCACAUCCCUGAUGCCUGGUCUUUCGUGGUGCUAGGUGAACAGUAUGAGGAGUCUGGCAGUCGUCUUGCCCUCAUUGGAUGGUGUGCGCAUCAAGUGAGAUGUUCCAUUGAUAGCCCUUGGCAUCUUGGUUCACGGUCUGUAGGUUCAUGGGUGGCUGAACGUGAAGCGUUACUAUGGGCCUUUCUUUGGAGAAUCGGCUUGAAUAGCCGCAUUCCGGCAACGUUCAGGUCGGACUCUGCCAUGACGAUUGGGCAGUCACGUGGCACACUGGGAGCCCAACAACAUGAUGAAACGUUCGAAUUGCUCAGAGGAUGUCAUCAACUUUUGGAAGCGGCACUUCCCGCAGAUUGUCUGCGGGUUGAACACGUUUUUGGACACAACGCAGACCCAUGGAAUGACUUUGCAGAUCACUUGGCCAAAAGUGAAGCCAAGGCUGGUUUCAUGCUUCCACGAGGUAGACCUCAAUACCUGCACAAAAGUGACUUUGCCGUUGUCUACAAUGAUGACACCAGGCUGAUCACGAAGAUUGAUGCGAGCCUACAUCAAUUUUGGGUCAUGGUUUUUCAUGCACCGCAAAGUGGACAACCUCAACGCCUACGAGAAAAAUGGUGGGAAGCGACACAUCAACUUCUUGUGGAUCAUCAAGUACAAACUGAUCAACUUUAUGUCUGUGCUGACGCAAAUGCAGCACCUGGUCCUGGUGAUGGACGUCAUGUUUUUGAGGAGACCUUCUCUACAUCGACAUCCACUCCUUUGCUUCAGACUUUUUUGUCCACAUUUGAUUUGUGCCUGCCCUCUACGAGUGAGAUUCACAGUGGUCCAAGACACACGUGGGUCCGACCGGAUGGUUCGACCUCGCAUCUCAUUGACUAUGUCAUGGUGCCAGCUGCACAAUUUCAGGCUUGUUCAUAUUCGCAGCUUCUGGAAAACUUUGACUUGGCCAACCUGAAUACAGAUCACACUGCGACAGGUGUUGAACUUUCAUGGUGGACCACAGUGCAGAAAUGUGACGCCUCUCAAGAUGAUGGUGGCCUGCGUUAUGACAGAAACAAAAUCAAAGAUGGCAAUCUCAACCAGAUGCUGAGCAACUUUCGUGUCGCGUCCUGGUCAACUGAUGUGGAGACACAGACCCAUGACCUGACCAAGCAUAUUCAUGCCACACUUCAAACAGGAUGCCGACGUGACCCUUCUCAGCCAAAAAAGGAUUAUGUUAGCUCUUUUGCGUGGGAACUGCGACGGCAGAAGCUUUUCCAUCGCAAGCAGCUGAAGACAGUGAAAGCUCUUUUGGCACGUGAAACCAUUGCCCGGAUCUUCUAUGCAUGGAAAGGAGAAAAGGGAGACCUUUGUCAGUCCUCCUUUGCCUAUGGCUCCACAUUGAGAUGCGGGCUCUUCAAACACUAUGCAGGCUUUCGCAUGACUUCAUGGGGUUUGAAGAAGCAUCUGGAAAGGGACAAGGCCUUCAAGAUUUCUGAAGUUGUAGCCUCUUUCGAUGCAACUACGGCAGCCUCUGAGAUCCAGCACAAGAUGAAAGGCUUCAUGGGCAGCACAAACAAGCUACGACAAGGAUUAGCACCUCUGCCUGAGGUUUUUGAGGAGGCCUUAGUAAGAGCAGAUGUUCUUUCUGAAAUUCCCACUCAAGAUGGGCCCGCUUUCUUCAAUUUGGAGGUGUCCCAGGCAACAACUUCUCAGCGCUUCCUUGGCCCGGUUUGGAUGGAUGACAUGGCCCUCUGCCUAUGGGGAGCAAGCAACGAGGGGCUGCGCCGCAAGAUUGGAGUGGCAUCCAGUCUGCUCCUUGACCUCUUUCGAGGACAUGCCAUGACGCCCAACUUGCGCCCUGGGAAAACGGAGCUCAUGAUUAGUCCGAAAGGACAUGGGACAAGGGAGUGGCGCAAAGAGAUGUUUGGGCCACUAUCCAACGAGCAUUUCACGGCAGUUGGCGAAUAUGGACCCUAUCACAUCCAUCUCGUGACCAAGUAUGUGCACUUGGGAGGAGUCUUGCACCAUUCUGGAGAAGUUCGACUGGAACUGAGCAGAAGAGUUGCUUUGGCGCAUCAGGCUUUCAGCAAGCAUCGCAAGCUGAUUUACCAAAACCGUGCGCUAUCUCUGGGCAAGCGCAUGGAGAUCUUCAGAAGCUUGAUACUGAGUCGCCUCCUUUACGGGUCUGACUCUUGGGUCUUGCACGAUCUCCUCACCAAGCACCGUGCACAUGUCGCCAUCAUGAAGCUCUACAGACGGCUGCUGGGAUGCGCCCAUGAGGAAGCCAUAUCAGAUGAUGAGGUACUUUUCCGUUUGGGUAUGCCAUCGCCCACGGUUCUUCUACGUCUGGCUCGACUUCGAUACAUUGGAUCUCUUUGUAGCAUUGGCACUACAGCCUGCUGGGGCCUGCUCAACAAGGAUUGCAACUGGAAACAGUUGGUGGAAGACGAUUUCGCAUGGCUAUGGCGCAACCUGUCCAACACCUGCAAAUUGGGUGACCCGGCGCUGCACAUGAGCCGUUGGUUUGAAAUUUUGGUCUGGCACCGCAGUUAUUGGAGAAGUUUGCUUCGACGAACCGAAAAACAUGCUAUCCAACAACAUGCCCUGAAGUUUCAAUGCAUCCGAUUUCACAUGAAGAUUCGUGACCUUCUUGUGGGAUAUGGAUUUUGGUCCUCGCCUAUUGUAUGUGCUCCAGAAGAUGAUUGCGAUCGUUGUUUUGGAUGCAUGCAUUGCCAGAUUCGCUUGAAAACCAAGGGCGGAGAGGGAGCUCACAUGUGUCGAGCACACAACAAAGUCAACCCGAUCCGUUACUACAUCUCAGGGACGCAAUGCAUGGCGUGUCUCAGGGAGUAUCACACGGUGGGCCAGAUUCAAGCUCAUCUUCUUCGAAGCGAAGAGUGCCGAGCCUACCUCCUACAACAUCGCCUACGAGGACACGCACUUCCUGGCAUUGGUUCCAAGGAAGAUGUGGCGAGGCAUCAAUGCAUGGACGGCAAGCUACCGCCCUUACAGGCGAGUGGCCCGCUGAAGCCUCAACGUGGUGGAUUAGACCUCUCGCGGGUCGAUUGGGAUCUACACGAUGAACUGGCGCUGGCUAUUCUUGAUGCCCAACAGCAGACUGAAGCGGUGAACCUGAUGAGUCGCUUGAAACAGUUAAUUCUUCAGCAUGAGAUUGCCUGGACCUAUUGCAAGGUCACUCUUGGUGAACUUUUACAGACAGUCCAGGAUGAACCACAUGGAUGGGAUCUACUUCCUAAAGAACAUGUGAUUGCGACCAUUCGUGCUUUGUCUAUGCGGGAGACGUGGCCUUUUUUGACAAGACCUUGCACUCCCUCCAGUUUGUCUACGCCAUCUUUGGAAGACCUUGAGAAGGAGUGUGCGACUGGCUUGAUCAAUUGCCCUGAGGUUGAGGGUCAAAGGAUUCCCCGUCCAUGUGGCAGACACCAGAUUGUUUUACAUGCCUUCAGUGGGAGGCGACGACGAGGGGACCUUCAAUUUUACAUGGAGGAGAUCUUUGACCGAUUCUCUGAGGGAGUGCACCUCACUGUCGUCUCACUCGACAUCGUGGUCGACCGCAUCCAUGGAGACGUUACUUCGGAGCAGACACAGCAGUUUUGGUUCUCCCAUGCUUCGAGUGGUGAGGUUGCAGCAUUCCUUUGUGGUCCACCAUGUGAGACAUGGAGCAAGGCGCGUUUUGCCAACCCAGCUCACCAAGCCCAUGGACCCAGACCUGUCCGAUCUGCUCAGGAGUUGUGGGGCCUUUCGUCACUCAGCCUACGUGAACUUGCGCAGGUGACCGUGGGCAACCAUCUUUUAUGCUUCUCGCUGGAGAUGUUGUUUCGUUUGGCGAUUGUGGGCGCCCUGGGAGUGCUGGAGCACCCGGAAAUGCCGGAUGAUGAGCACAUGCCAUCUAUUUGGCCUUGCCCUUUCGAUGCAACGGUGCAACUCAGUGAACAAUUUGUACAGCAAUGCAAGGCCAUGGACGUCAAAGUAUAUGGCCAAACCAUCGGACAGGACUUUGCACAUUAG